CUUCCUGCAUUCACAAAAAUAACAAAAAACAGUAUUAGAAACUAAUCCAGAUUUUGAUUUGCAGGUUGCGGAAGAUGAACAUCACAGAAUUUAAAGGGCAAGAUGUGCCUAAUGCUACUUUAUCAGUUCAAGUAGCUUCGGCAAACACAGGCAUGGACAACGCAGGAUCCACCUCCAGGGCUAUGUCAGCAGACCGAGCGUGCACUGAAAUUACACUUCCACAAGCAAGUUCUGCACAAACUCCGCCGGCUGCACAGAAUGAUGGGAACGAAGGGAAUGCAGAGGUAGUUUCGACUCCACAAGCACCUAGAUCGGACAUGAGAUUUGAUACACUUGAAGAUGCUCAGAGACACUACUUGGCAUUUGCAAGGAGGAGAGGAUUUGGAAUCAGAUACAAUUACAGGAAGAAAUCCGAGGUCACUGGCGAAUACAUAAGAGCAGCUAUGGUUUGCCAUAAAGCAGGUCAACAAGCAAAAGUAAAAGAAGAUACGCAGAAACCUAAACCAGUUGUACCGGAAAGGAUGAAGUGCAGCAACAUUAGGACUGACUGUCCAGCUAGGAUGGUGUUGAAAGUCAGAGACGGUACCUGGCUGGUGACGGAAUUCUGUGAUGAUCACAAUCACCCUCUAAUCAAGAAGUGGUCAUUGACUGGUUUCCUACGCUCACACAGAGACAUACUGGAAGAAGACCAAGAGUUCAUAAAAAUCCUACACAAUGUAAACAUGGAAACAAGCAGAAUGAUGCAAGUUAUGGCUACACUGUAUGAAUCAGUAGAAGGAGUGCCAUACACACCAAAAGACAUGGCAAAUUUCAGAUCGAAACUUCGGGCAGAGAACAAGUAUGUAGACAUGCAAAACACUAUGGCCUACUUUGAGGACUUGAAGUCCCGAGACAAAGAUUUCUACUACAGAUACAAGCUUGAUGACGAGGACCGUGUGCAGUACUUGUUCUGGGUAGAUAGUGCAGCAAGAAGAGCUUAUAAGAAAUACAAUGACUGUAUUUCUUUCGAUGCAACUUACAUGACAAACACAUACAAGAUGCCCUUUGCACCAUUCAUUGGUAUAAACAACCAUGGUCAGUCGAUACAACUUGGCUGUGGGUUCCUAAAGAAUGAGCUUAGUGAGAGCUACAUAUGGUUAUUUGAGUCGUUCUUAAUUGCAAUGGAUGGAGUAGCACCGGUUAACAUAAUAACAGACCAGGAUAGUUCGAUGCGUGCUGGAAUUGAAAAGAUGUUUCCAAACCAACACAUCGUAAUUGUAGGUGGCACAUUGUCGAUAAAGCAACAGAAGAAAUCGGUCCAUUUGUUGCAAAGAUAA